AUGGUGCCACGAAUUGCAAAAAAACCAAAGUAUGCAAGAGUGGCAUUCUUUGCUUCAAAAGUCCAUGACCAAACCACUUUCAGUAUAACCAAAAACAUAAAAACGUGUUGGCUUUGUAGAAAGAACUUCAGUCAAGAGUGGAAACUUAGAUGCCAUCUACAAAAGUUUCAUGCAUCAGAAGAUUUCACAAACAACAGCCCAAUUGAAAAUCUCGAAGAUGUUCCUGAUUGCAAAAUCAAUGAAUCUCCUGUUCCUGAAAAUGAAGAUUCAUUGUGUGAAGACAAAGACACCAAUUCUACUGUAAAAAGUAGGAUGGACACUGAGCUUGACAACAAUGCCAGCAAAAUUGACAAAAGUGCCAGCAAAAUGGACAAUUCUGACAACAGCAGCAAUAUUGACAUGGAGAAAGUAAGUCAUUCCCUGGAUGAUGCAGGCCCAGCUAACUUUUUAUAUGCACACAUCUGGGAUAGCAUGAUAUCUUCUGUAACCAACCUUGACUCACUCAUAGAUGAAAAUGUUGAUUGGCUUGACAGCUUACUUGGAGCAUGCUCAACCUGGAAUUUUAAUAUCUUGACUACUUACCCAUUUCCAGACCUUCAGUCAAUGGUGUUAUUUGCUCUGGUAAAUGGUGACAACGAUAUGUUCUCUUGUAGAAUCUUGAAAAGGAUUGUUUUGACCAUUAGACUUAUCCUAAAGCUGCAAGAGGAAGCCAACACAAACAGAUCAUCUUUCAAGCUACCCCGUUUGGAUGCACUCUUGAACUACCAGAGCAGAAAGAAGUCCAAGCUCCCUGUACUCACUUCGACACCCGUGACAAUCGAUUUGCCUAAAAACAAGUCUGUCUUAGCAUAUGUAAACAUGCCCUCAGAUCACUUGAAGUUACUUGCCACGAACUCUGUGAAAGCAAAGUUCAUGUUUGCUAUGCCUGAUUACUUUUGGUCUGGGGAUGUUGUUGAGUUUGCUGGUGGCUCUGCCAAUGCUCAUUUUUUGGUAAGGGCUUUUUAUAUGAUAGACAUCUCUGCUGUGUAUCCUCAAGAUUAUAAUGUUUUGCUCCCUGAAAACAAUCAUUUUGCUCACAUCGAAACUAAGCGUAUCAGUAUGAGAGUUAAGAAAUUACUCUGGGUUGAUGCUUCUUCUAUUCAUAUUGACUUUUGCUUCAGUGUGUUCCCAGAGAAGAUUGAUCCUGUACUUCCAGUCCACCGGUCUUUGCUUCUAGUCUCCCAUUUCCUGAAACGACAUAUCUCUCAAGGUCCUGACAAUCCAAAUAACAAAAACCGUUUUUACAAGUGUGCAGCUCUUUUCUUUGAAGAGAGGUCUUCGAUAGAGAACAUCUACUUCCUAUCUGCAAUCCCAAAGAAAGAUGGUGCAAGUGGAAUGUCAUUGCUUCCUGUCUUUGUCAAAGACCUCAAGAUGCUUGAAAACGGACUGGUGAUGUUCUCAGCUGAAGACAACAAACACGUCUUAGUCGUAGCACCACUCCUUUGGAUUGAGGCUGACACACCAUGCCAUUCUGAGCUCUGUGGUUUACGUGCCCCUACUUGUCUGUAUCCAUGCUGGAAAUGCUACGUGGUGUUACAAAGAACCGCAGAAAAAUUGAAGGAUGAGAUACACUAUACGGGUAGUCAUGCUAGCAAAAUCAAGAAACAUUACCAGAUUGCUGCAUCUACCUCAGAUAGAAGUUCAACUAUACCAGAUGCUCCCUCAACUGGUAAAAAUUUUAAGGCAAGUGAACUAAGCUUCAGAUAUAGGGCAAUGGAUGUAGUGUUAGAUCUGGAUUCGUUUGAUCCAUUGACCAAUACACCUAUAGAAAUACUACAUAACAUUCUUCUUGGUGUUGCAAAGUAUUUGGUAACCGAUUUGGUAAAGGUUGUUCUAAAGGGACACCCCAGUUUACUGAACAAGCUAAUGGACUCUUUGAAGGAAUAUGAGAAGUUUCAAGAUUUAUCACAAAAGUUUACUAGACUCCUAAGACAUUGCAGCUUGUUCCUUGGAAGAGAUUUUAAGAUUCUUGUACAAAUCCUUCCCAUUGUCUUGGCUACCAAGUUUUUAAAUGAUAAUGAAUUCUUUCUCAUAGCCCCAUGUUUUGUCUAUCUUGGCCAUCUUUGUUCCCUGGUAUUUGUUAGAGCAGUUAAGUACAAUUAUAAUUCUUAUAUAGCCAAAGUUAAAAAUACAGUUACUAGUCUGAUCCAAAAACUAUAUUUUUAUGACAAGAAUUAUAUGUUCCUUCACAAAAAUUUUGACAAGAGCUUCUGGGAUAUCUUGUAUGGCAGAUCAAGAGACUUUGCUAAUAACAACAACAUUGACAAUAUUGCAGAUCUCUCACCUGGUAAUAAUACCUUUGGAGUAUUUGCACUUGAGGAGAGUAGAGAUCAGCCAGUCCAUUAUAUUAUUGGAAAGGUCUCCUCUCUGAGAGUAGAACACUACAGAGUUGAGAGUAGUGCCCAUGGUUAA